AUGGGCUGCUGUUGCUGCUGCUGCGGAUCCGGUGCGGAGCGGGUGCUUCCAGAGCACGACCCGAACCAAAGUGAGUUCGAGAAGUUUCAGAUCCUGCUAGCGGAGGACGUGGGCCCAGGCAACACCCAUGGCUGGAAAAUCAAAAAGGACUGGCCCAAGCGUUACACGAAUCAGUUCAUGAUGCGCGUGUCGCUUCGAGAUCAUGAGUCAGGCAAUCCCAACCAACUCCUGCGCGGAGAUGGGAAGUACCAGGGUGUGACUCCAGAGGACUUCCUCGGCUUUCUCUU